AAAUUAUCUGUGUGUUGUCUUUAACUUUUUAAACAAGACCAUUCUCCCUCCUUGCCCGAGUGUGUGUUUUUCCUUUCCAUGUUAUUUCUGAUAUCUUCCCUUAUCUUUCUCUCUAGAUUUUCUCUCUUUCUUUAUUUUCUCAUAAAUACAAAUAAUAAUAAAUAAAUCCGAUUUGCAAUAUUAUUUUUAAUUCCUUGUUUUUAAUUAUUUAUUUCCAAAUAAACAAAUUUGGGAGAGAGAAAAAGAGAAGAAGAGGAUCAAGUCAAAAGAGAGGGGCCAAAAUCCAUUUAAUUCUCUCAAUUCCCAAUUUUAAUUAUUAAAUAUUUAUUUAUCCCCUCUCUUUUUCUUAUUUUUCUAUCUCUUCCUCUCACUUUCCUCUUCUUUUGUCAAAUUAUUAUUCCUACCAAAACUAAAAUUCCAGUCAAAAAUUUCCCAGAAGAACAAAUUACAUACUUUGGGUUUCCCAUUCUUCUCUGAAACUCCUAAAAUUAGUCGAAAGUAGAACUCCAAUUUAAUAAUUAAUAUUUUAAUUUAGCUUAUUAAUAAGAAUAAUAAGGUCUUUGUAAUUAAUUACUACUUUUAAUUAAUCUUCUUCUGGAUUGAGUUGGGUUGUUGCUUCAUUGCUUGCAUUUGUUGUUCAACUGCUCCGCCUUUUUUUUAUUUUUUUUUUAUUUUUUUUUAUAAUUUUAAUUGCCAUCUCUUCAAACUCACUUCAAUCUUCAUCUUCUUACAGAAGGAGAAGAUACAGAGUUUUAUUUUUGGGGUUUUAUUAUUUAUUUUUAUACGAGUAUAUUUUAUUUUAAUAAAAUAUUCUUGCGUAAAAGGUUAAUCCCAAAUCAGAAAAAAAAAUCCAUUGAGUUUCUAUUCUAUUCCGAUUCCCUUUUUUUUGGGGUUCUGAUCGUAUUCGCUUGAUCGAAUAAUUUCUCCCCAAAAACAUUUUCCCGAAAUAUUUUUUUCUGGAAUUUUGAUAAUCUAGGCAAUCGAAUUUCGAGAUUUUGACAACUGGGUAUUGAUUGAAACAAGUUUUGAGGAUCUGGGUGAUUGAAAAUUCGAUCAAAAUGACCUCAAAACCAGGUGGUCAUAACAGCAAUGGUUGUAAUAAUAACGAUGGAGGAGUUGGCCUUGAGAAUUGGAGGGAUUAUUUCAGGAGAGCAAACUCUGAUAUAUUCGAUAUAAUCGAGCACGCAAUAAUGGUGGCUGCGUCAGAUUGUCCCAAGGAGUUCCGAGUUAGGAGAGAGAAAAUUGCUGAGUUACUCUUCACAUGUAGAUUGACUCGGUGUUUAGGGUGUGACCGCGUCGAGCUAGCUGUUUCUGAGGUUGAUGAUGGUGAAGGUGAGGUUAAGGUGGUGAUUAAAGGGGUUAAUGAUCAGUUUAAUGUUGUUGAUGAUGAUGUUAAUGGUGGUGGUGGGAGUAAAGGGAGUAAGGUAAAUAGUACAACUAGGGAGAAUAAUUAUGAUCAGGGUGUUAAUAGUGAUCGUGAUCAUAUUGGUGAGAUGGAGAUUGAUAUGAUGUUGAAUGAGUUGAAUCAUGAGAGUAAUUUUACUUUUGAUGAUGCUGAGGCUUUGACGAAUGAGAUUGAAGAAGCUAAAGAGGUUGCUGAGGAGGUUUUGAGGAUCAAAGAGAUACUUCUUAACAGCCAAGAUGAGUCUGAUUCAGUGUUGUUCGAGUCAUUAAGGAGGCUGCAAUUGAUGGCUUUGGAUGUUGAUCUGCUAAAGUCAACGGAGAUUGGGAAGGCUGUUAACCGCAUUAGAAGACAUAGUUCAAAGGAUAUUCGCCAUCUUGCUCGAGCGUUAAUAGAUGGAUGGAAAAUUAUCGUCGACGAGUGGGUGAAAGCCACCCAAGAUCUUGCAGAAGGAGGUACCCCUGAUUCUGUUAACCCUUCCACAGUUGAUGAAGAAGAAGGGCUUCCUUCUCCUCCAUUGGAUGAAGGAGCAUUUUUCUCCACUGGAACUAUGGAUUUUUCACAGUUUUUUGAUGGCAUGGACGAUGAUGGAAAUCCUCGAAACUGUGGGGAAUUCAACAAGAACCUGGAAGUUCGUGAAGGUGUAAGAAAGCCCUCUUUGGCUAAGCAAGACCCUCCCAAACGGAGAGAAGAACCACCAAAACAGGUGACUCCUCUCAUAAGGGAUAACAGGGUGCAACAAGCUAAAAGGCAAGAGCCUCUUUCAAAGCCAAACAAGCCCUUAAACGUGCAAUCUGGCCCUGGUAGACCUGUAAAGCCUAAUAAUGGUGAGCUGAAACUCAUCAAAGAUUAUAGGGUUCAGCAAAAACCCAUGGUCCAAAGAAGGCCACCUCCUCAACCCGAGAAGAUGAGAUCUUCAAAUGACAAUGCAGUCCAAGAGAAGCUAGAAGCUACAAAAAGGAAACUUCAGGAGCGAUACCAACAAGCUGAGAAUGCAAAGAGGCAGAGGACCAUACAGGUAAUGGAGAUACAAGACAUCCCUAAGCAGGGGCUUGCAAAACCAAAUGCAUUUGGUAAAUUUGGCAACAACAACCGGCAAUGGGCAAAUGGCAGAAGAUGAUCUAUUUGAGAUUCUUCCUGUCUCUUUAACAUCAGGCGAAAUUCCCCUUUUAUGGUUAUUUACAUGCCUUCGAUUUGAGAGUUAGCUGUAAAUUCUUUGGCAGAAGUUUGAGCUUCAUGCUAAUAUUCGGUGGGAUGAAGCCUCAGUGGUCAUCCAUUCGAUACUAGGGGAAUAAAGCUUCCGGGAACAUUCUUUCUUGAUCAGUUGAUUUAGCAGUCAUUUGAUCACCUCAGUUUUAGAGUCCUGAUCUAAUUUACAACUGUUUCAAUGACUGUUUGUCCCAGUUCCUUUGUUCCAUAGCUGGAUUAUACAUGAAGUUUAUGCACAGAAAAUGUGUGCAUUUUCAUAACCUUACUAUGACAUGUACUCCAUAUCACAUAAAUAAAGGUACACAUGUUACUUCA